CGGCGCGUCCUGGCGGGACCGGGCGGCGGCGGCGGGGCCGGCGGCGGCCAGGGACCCGGGCUUAGGCUCGGCCGGGCCGGCUGAGGACGCAGGCGGCCAGCGGGCGGCGGGCGCCGUCAUGAACGCGGCGGUGGUGAGGCGGACGCAGGAGGCGCUGGGGAAGGUGAUACGGAGGCCGCCGCUGACAGAGAAGCUGCUGAGCAAGCCCCCGUUCCGCUACCUGCACGACAUCAUCACGGAGGUGGGCGCCGGGUUCCGGGCCCGGCCAGGUGAUUAGAAUGACUGGUUUCAUGAAGGGCCUCUACACAGACGCCGAGAUGAAGUCUGAUAAUGUGAAGGAUAAAGAUGCAAAAAUUAGCUUCCUACAAAAGGCCAUAGACGUGGUUGUAAUGGUGUCGGGAGAGCCACUGUCAGCCAAACCAGCCCGAAUCGUGGCCGGGCAUGAGCCUGAAAGAACAAAUGAGCUGCUCCAGAUAAUUGGAAAAUGCUGUCUCAACAAGCUCUCCAGUGACGAUGCGGUACGGAGGGUUUUAGCUGGAGAGAAAGGAGAAGUGAAAGGCCGGGCCUCACUGACCUCAAGAUCUCAGGAAUUGGAUAAUAAGAAUGUGCGAGAAGAGGAGUCCAGAGUUCACAAAAAUACAGAGGAUAGAGGAGACUCUGAAAUAAAAGAGAGAAGUACAAGCAGAGAUCGAAAACAGAAAGAAGAAUUGAAAGAAGACAGCAAGCCAAGAGAAAAGGACAAGGACAAGGGGAAGGCCAAGGAGAAUGGCGGAAACAGACACAGAGAAGGGGAGAGAGAGAGACCCAAAGCCCGGGCCAGGCCAGACAGCGAGCGACAGAAAGACAGAGGCAACAGGGAGCGGGACAGAGACUCCGAGCGUGAGAAGGAGACAGACAGAAAGAGUGAGGGGGGAAGAGAGAAGGAGAGACUGAGAGACAGGGACCGAGAGCGCGACCGAGACAAAGGGAAGGACAGGGACAGACGGAGAGUGAAAAACGGGGAGCACUCCCGGGACCUGGACAGGGAGAAGAACAGAGAGCAUGACAAACCCGAGAAAAAGUCAGCAAGCUCAGGGGAGAUGUCUAAAAAGUUGUCAGAUGGAACUUUUAAAGACUCCAAGGCUGAAACAGAGACUGAGAUUUCCACUAGAGCAUCCAAGUCAUUGACAACAAAAACAUCAAAACGGCGAUCCAAAAAUUCAGUGGAAGGAAGAAGGGACCCUAAAACGAGUGAAAAUAGUCUUUCCCCUGAAAAAGAACAUAACUCUUCCUACUGUAAAGCUAAGAAGGAACAUAGCAUGAAACAGCUCGGAAGGAAGGAGGAUAAUAUUUCAGCUAAAAUUUUAGACUCCGUAGUGUCUGGAAUAAAUAAUGAGCCAAAUCAGGAAACGACAACUUCAGAAAUAGGAACAAAAGAAGCUAAUAUUAAGUCAACUAGUAUUUCAGAUGGUAAUUCAGCUUGUCUGCGGUGUGAGAAUACUGAGCCCGACCCCGCAGAGAAGCAGAAAGGUGACUCCGCCAGUGAUGCAGAAGGAGACGUUGGACCUGCUGGCCAAGAUAAGUCUGACGUGCCAGAGACUCCAGAAAUUCCUAAUGAGCUUUCAUCCCACAUCAGAAGAAUUCCUCGGCCUGGGAGUGCAAGACCAGCCCCUCCCCGGGUCAAACGGCAAGACAGUGCAGAGGCGUUACCAACAGACAGAUCAGGGAGUGGUAAAACCGUCUCAAAUGUGAUUGUAGAGUCGCACAAUUCUGACAAUGAAGAGGAUGAUCAAUUUGUGGUGGAAGCUGCCCCUCAGCUCUCUGAAAUGUCAGAAAUUGAAAUGGUAACAGCAGUGGAACUAGAAGAAGAGGAGAAGCAUGGUGGACUUGUGAAAAAAAUUUUGGAGACGAAGAAAGAUUAUGAGAAAUUGCAGCAGUCACCCAAACCUGGGGAGAAGGAGCGAUCUCUCUUUGAGUCGGCGUGGAAGAAGGAGAAGGACAUCGUUUCCAAGGAGAUAGAGAAGCUCCGCACGUCCAUCCAGACCCUGUGCAAGAGUGCACUUCCCCUGGGGAAGAUCAUGGACUACAUCCAGGAAGACGUGGAUGCCAUGCAGAAUGAGCUGCAGCUGUGGCACAGCGAGAACAGGCAGCACGCCGAGGCCCUGCAGCAGGAGCAGAGUAUCACAGACUGUGCCGUGGAGCCCUUAAAGGCUGAGCUCGCGGAGCUGGAGCAGCUGAUCAAAGACCAGCAAGACAAGAUCUGCGCUGUGAAGGCCAACAUCCUCAAGAAUGAAGAAAAAAUCCAGAAAAUGGUGUAUAGUAUCAAUUUGACUUCGAGAAGGUGAACACUCAAAAGUUUCAGAGAUGAAAAGUCACCUCAGUUUAAAAGCAAAAAGGAAGAUAGAAAAUCGUUACUCUUUUAAGUUCCAGUUUGCUAAGAAAAUGAACAGUUUACAAUGUUGUUAUCCAGCUAAUUUUCAGAGCUUUAAAACUGUAAGCAUGUUAAGUGUAUUAAAAAAACCAUGUUUUCUUACCUCCUUCCAGAUGGAAUACUGGCUAGUUAUAAAUAGCGCUUCCAAACACCUCUGUGAAAGGUUUUUUGAAAGCCUGUUCUUUGUGUUUCUGCUGUAGCCUGUUUAGUUCUGUACCAGAACUCUCCAGCAGGUAAGUGGUGUGGCCGUACCGAGGGAACAGUAGUCCUUUAUUUUGGUUUAGUGGAAAGACUCUCAGAGGUCCAUGCAGAAUGAAGGAUGACUGUUUACUUUCUGAUAGGCACUUGAUAAGUAGAAUGAGGCCUGAAAAUGAAUAAAUUAUAUUUUUAGUUAAUUUCCAUUUGAAAGGGCUAAUCUCAGCCUGUCUCCAUAUAAGGUACCUAUCUACUGGAUUGUUUUCGUUUUUGUUUUUUGACCUCUUUGUAAUUGCAUGUACUUCUCUAUGUAAUUUUCUUCUUGAUCUCUACUAUCUUUUGCUUGUGUUUCCAGUCCUUGAAGUUCAUAAAUUUAAAAAGGAGAUUUCAGGAUGGCCUUUACGGACAUUGUCUGGAUAUGAAAUUGUCUUGGGCUACAUCCUCACUUUCUUCAGCAUUUUACCCUGGCUUUCCUCAGGCAGAGGCUAGCACAGCUACCCUUGAGUCCUUGUUCUCCUUAAGAGGGUCUUGCUCUGCGAGGCACUGGCAUCAUGCCUUUUCCUUUGCAUGGGUGUGUACACCUGAGAGACAGGUAGCUUAGGAAAAAUGACAUAAGGAAGACUUACAAGGCUGCACUGAUUUAUGAUGUUUUUUGAUGUUAGCCAUUUUUUUGGAAAUUGUUUUUUAAUGCAAAGGUUUUUUAAAAAACAUGGUUUAUAGUUUUUCACUUACGUAUACUAUUGUAAAUACGUAGCAGAGUCUUAAGUUAUUGUAUAAAACAUUUCAUUGUGUUUGAAGACAUACUUAUGGGUCUUAAGGUCUGGGUCCUAAUACUUUUAUUUUUAAAUAGUGUGUUUAUUAUGUAAACUAAGGAGUGCCAUUUAAAAUGUGAGGAUUGCCUAAAAAAGUUUUGUUUCUUUUUUUUUUUUUUUGAGACGGAGUCUUACUCUGUCACCCAGGCUGGAGUGCAGUGGUGUGAUCUCGGCUCACUGCAAUCUCAGCCUCCCAAGUUCAAGUGAUUCUCUUGCCUCAGCCUCCUGAGUAACCAGGACUACAGGCGCACGCCACCACGCCCGGCUAAUUUUUGUAUUUUUAGUAGAGAUGGGGUUUCACCAUGUUGGCCAGGAUGGUCUUGAUCUCCUGACCUCGUGAUCCGCCCGCCUCAGCCUCCCAAAGUGCUGGGAUUACAGGCGUGAGCCACAGCGCCCUGCCAGGUUUUGUUUCUUUAAGGAUUAGCACAAAUGGCACCGUUGGGUUUUUCUUCAUACAAUUUCCAAAAUAAAUUCUGUACUAAGGUUCUUAUAUGACUUUCUGAGCUGAGUAAGUUUAGGAGCAGAUUAUUAAGAUCUGCCAUUCUGAAACGUUGGUCUUUUUCUCCUUCCUAUAGUGCACCAUAAAAUUCUGUUUGAUCAGAUUAUACUGAAUACAUUUUGGGGGAGUGGAGGGACAUUAGUUAAGUAGUCCUUCGUGUAUUUAUGAUCUCUUUUCUACUGAAUCAAAUGACUUAGCCAUGACCCUGAAUGGACCUUGUUUCACUUCAAGUUAAGAUGUCUGCCUUUUAUGAAUUUGUAUAUAUGAAUAGAAUUUGGAGAUUGCGAAAAAUUGCAUACAUUGUAUGUAAGUAAAAUUUUUUAUGAAGUAGUCUGUCAAAUUGUAUCAUAAAGUUUAUUUUUCUUUUAUACAUAAAUCAUUAAAAAUAAUCACAUAUUUUUUUCCAUAAGUGUAUGGAUUGUGCAGUUCAAUUCACACAUGGAAAAAUCAUAAGCAUUUAGAUUUUUUAUUUUCAAAUGUGUGCAUUUUGUUUUUCUCAUGAGGAAAGUUCAGGGAAAUAUAUCUUUUCAUUCAUAUUAUGACACAUACCUCUUUUCAGUAUAAAAUGAAGUUUUAUAAGAUAGGUAAGCAUUUACUGGAAAUCGUAAGAUCAUUUGUGAAGUUUUAGAAGGUCUCUACACAUGAUUGUUACUGUAUCUUAUCCUAGACACCAGAUCCUGAUCUUAUUUGAGAAAUUUAAGUUUUCUCUUAAUUUGAGAAAAUACACAAAUGGGAUUAUUAAGUAUUUUUCUAUACUUUGGUGUAUAAGUUUUCAGGGAGUACUGGAGUCAUACUUCCAGAAUUUGAAUUUAAAAGUUGAGCUGAUGAUAAUUUAUAUUCAAAGGAAAUGCAUAAUAAACCUUUGGAAGAAAUAGUUCAAGACUAAAAUGCAGCUUUCUACUUUGAUAUUCAUCCUUAUCUUUUUAAUAAUCAACUUUUAAAAACUGAAAUCAAUCAAGAAGAAUGAUGUCAUUUGGUGAUAUGAAGUGUACUUAGGAUUUGGGUGAUACGGAUUCUAGUCAGUGUAUUGGCGAGUGCGCCUCAACUAUUCCAGUGCUGCUCUUCCGAGCUGCCCUGGACUCAUGGGGUUUAUCUUCUAUUGGUCGGUGUGUACAGUGUCAUGGCACACGAAUGAGAGAAAAGAUGGCCAGGGCCUUUGAGCAGCUUUUGGAUCAGUAGCCAGUGUGAGGCAGCAGCAAGCAGGAUGAGCAGCCUGUUUGAGCUUCUGCAGGAACCUGCUUCAGAAGGAGGCCACGCCCAAGCAGGAUCAAGGCUCAGCAUGUCACCACCAGGGAAGACACUAAACACCCAGACCUGGACUUGGCUCCCCCUUCUGGACUCUUCUUUCCACACCCAAAACGCAGAGAGUAAAUAACCUUGUUCAUGGCACCUCUACCACUGUGGGCUCCUCUGAGGGGCUCUCCAGCAAAGACUAACGUAGCAAAGUAGAAGAAAGAAAAAUUCUAAGUCAAGCAUGAGCCAGCCUAAGUCGGAGGGGAAGGAAUAGCUGUUCUCAGCCAUUCUCAAAUGUAACUACUUGCUGCAUUUGGGCUCUGAGUUUAACUCUAUCCUAGGAUACACUUUAUUAAUAAAAACAUUUUAUAUUUUUCUAAAA